UCCUCUCUCUUUGUCUAAAGCUGAACUAUGAAUUCUGAAAUGGAUUCAAGCAGUCCUAAACCUGAAAUAUUUUUUAAUUUCCGUCCCUUCUUUCGCAUCUACAAGGAUGGUAGCAUUGAUAGGCUCACAGGAAAUGAUAUCGUCCCUCCUUCAAUCGAUCCCCAAACCGGCGUUUCCUCCAAAGACGUUCUAAUUGUACCUGAAACCGGCGUCGCCGCCAGAAUUUUCCUCCCAAAAAUCACCAACUCCACCCGAAAGCUUCCUCUCCUCAUCUACGUUCACGGCGGCGGGUUCUGCAUAGAAACCCCCUUUUCCCCUGCAUACCAUAAUUAUGUAUCAUCUUUAGUGGCAAAAGCUAACGUAGUUGCAGUAUCAAUUCACUACAGGAGAGCCCCUGAACACCCUCUUCCGAUAGCUUACGACGAUUCAUGGGCAGCGAUUCAAUGGGUCGCUUCUCAUUCGAAGCGGAACGGUACUGAGUCAUGGCUGAACAAGUACGCCGAUUUUGACCGAUUCUUUAUGGCAGGGGAUAGCGCAGGUGCUAAUAUAGCCCAUAAUUUGGCUAUGAAGUCAGUAGAGACACCAUUAAAGAAUGGAGUAAAGAUUGUUGGGUUGGGUAUGGUUCACCCUUACUUCCAUGGAGAAGAACCGUUGGGUCCAGAAGCUAGUGAGGAAGAGAAAAGGGAAAACGUGGAUCUUAUGUGGUUGUCAGCUUGUCCAUCUACUAGUGGUUGUGAUGACCCCCGAGUUAACCCGGCAGCUUGUAAGAAUCUGGCGAGUUUGGCUUGUAAGAGGGUGUUGGUGUUUCUUGCAGGGAGUGAUGUGGUGAGAGAUGGAGGUGUGUUUUAUUAUGAAACGUUAAAGAAGAGUGGGUGGAAAGGAAAGCUGGAAUUGAUGGAUGUGGAAGGGGAGAACCAUGUGUUUCAUAUUUCUAAACCUAAUUCAGAGAAGGCUUUGGCCAUGCUUGAUCUCUUGGCUUCCUUCCUUAACCAGAUGGAUCAGAAUUACUACUACCAGCACCGUGAAGAACAACAAAUCCGCCAUGAUCAGUACGUCUCACUUCGCUCCUCAUUGUGAUCAUCUGCUAGUCUG